UAGAACAUCUGACCUUUUAUCUUCUCAGCCAGUCAGCCAUCUCCAGUUAUUAAAAACAGCGCUAAACUCUGCUGCUAAAUAUUAAUAAAUAUCCAUAAAAGCAUGACAGAAGGCAGCAACAUGCCAGAUGUGGAGGCUCCGGGUCAGGAGGAGGAGCAGCCGGCGGCCGGAGCCGCAGAGGAGAAGCGGUCCGAGGAGGAGAAGAAGGAGAACGGGGACAGCAAAGUGACGGUCCCGGAGCAGGCGGCUCCGGCUCCGGGACCGGGACCGGGACAGGGACCGGGGGAGGAGGAGGCGGAGUUCGAGCACCCGGAGGGCGGCUGGGGCUGGGUGGUCAUGCUGGCCGCCAUGUGGUGCAACGGGUCCGUGUUCGGGAUCCAGAACGCCUUCGGGAUCCUCUUCCUGUCCCUGCUGCGGGAGUUCGGCUCCGAGCACGACGACGACCUCCGCUUCAAGACCGCCUGGGUGGGCUCUCUCUCCAUGGGCAUGAUCUUCUUCUGCUCGCCCAUCGUCAGCGUCUUCACCGACAUCUUCGGCUGCAGAGUGACGGCGGUGGCCGGCGCCGCUGUCGGCCUGGUCGGCCUGCUGGCCAGCUCCUUCGUCACGUCCCUGGGCCCCAUGUACUUCACCUAUGGCAUAGUGUUUGCCUGUGGCUGCUCCUUUGCCUACCAGCCCAGCCUGGUCAUCCUGGGCCACUACUUUAAGAAGCGCCUUGGUCUGGUGAACGGCAUCGUGACGGCCGGCAGCAGCGUCUUCACCAUCACCUUGCCCUUCGUGCUGUCGGGCCUGCUGGAGAAGGUGGGCCUCCAGAACACCAUGCGGGUCCUCUGCAUCCUGAUGUUCAUCCUGAUGCUGGCGGGCUUCACCUACAGGCCGCUGCUGCCAGUUAAAGCCACCAACACACGCACAGGCAGCCGCUUCCCGCCACUCAGCCAGAUCUUCAACAUUAACAUCUGGAAGUCUCUGGGAUAUCGCAUCUGGGCCUUCGGUAUCCCUGCAGCCCUCUACGGCUACUUUGUGCCUUAUGUUCACCUGAUGAAACACGUGGAGGAGCGUUUCGGAAAAGACGCCAAUAAAGAAGUUCUGCUGAUGUGCAUCGGCAUCACGUCCGGCGUGGGACGCCUCAUCUUCGGCAGAGUGGCCGACUACGUUAACGGGGUCAACAAGGUCUACCUGCAGGUGGCGUCCUUCCUGGUCAUCGGCCUCAUGUCCAUGAUGAUCCCUCUGUGCCACAUCUUUGGCGGGCUGAUCGCCGUCUGCCUGCUGAUGGGGCUGUUUGAUGGCUGCUUCAUCUGCAUCAUGGCGCCCAUCGCUUUUGAGCUGGUUGGGUCCAAAGACGUGUCCCAGGCCAUCGGCUUCCUGCUGGGCCUGAUGUCCGUGCCCAUGACUGUGGGACCUCCCAUUGCAGGCUUCCUGAGGGACCGGCUGGGCAGCUAUGACGUGGCCUUCUACCUGGCAGGUAUCCCUCCUAUCUUCGGAGGAGCCGUGCUGUGUCUGAUCCCCUGGGUGGAGGCCCGGCGCAGGAGGAAGGAGAAGGAGGAGGCGCUGAACAAGGAGCAGGACGUCACCCAGAAGAUGAUCGAGCACGAGAAAGCUCUGGAAGACGCUCAGAGCAGAACGGGAGAGUCUGUCCUCUGAGAGACGGAGACUGAGACUCUGAGAGACAGACUGUAAUGAGGCCUUCAGCAGGACAACAUGCCAAAGUGAUGAAACAUAUCAGAGAGAGUCAGAGGUUGAAGUUAACAUGAAUGUGAUCCGUACCAACUAUGCAUUAGAUGGUUUGACUGAACUAAUCUAAACAGGAAAACUUGAGCUUUAAAAUUAAGAAACUGCACAUUUCAUAUUUGUCACAAGGGAAGAAGACAUGCUGUGCUUAUUAAAAGCUGCUGAUUCACAUUUAGCCAGUGUCUCCACCAAAACAGGUAGCAGAAACACCUUUACAAUCACUUUCAUCUCCACCGUGUGUUUUUCAGAUGUAGACAUAUGGCAGGAAAUGAACACUUAUUGUAUUAUACAGAACAGGAACCCAGUUGUGGGAAAAUAACUUGAAUUGAUUUCAGUCAAUGUGUUUGCUUUGCAAACUGGUCUGCUAAAGAUUUCUCCUUAACCAUCUCGAUAGAUAGUCUCCAGUGUCCCGUCACAAAGGAUCGACAGCGUCUUAAACCCAAAAGUGUAUAAACUGGAGGUAAUGUGUUUAUAAUAUUUCAAAGGGACAUAAGAGUCAUUAUUAGUGUUCUCUGGGAUCAUUAAGGUGCUCAGAUACUUGAAGGGAAGCAGCUUUAAGUACAAUGAUUCAGGCUGGAUCCAGGAAAUCUCCUCUUUUACACAGCAGACUGUACUCAGGCUGGACUACUAACAAGCCACGGCCCUCAGGGGCCCUCAGGGGCCCUCAGGGGCCCCAAGGCUCCACCUUCACCAUGUCACUAAUAGCUUGUGGUAAUUUUAUUUGAUAGUUCUGGUAAACCACUACAGUAAAAACUGAAAUGACAUCUGCAUUAUUACAAUUAAUGCUGAUGUCCCUCUGGGGGCCUCAGGGGCCCGAAGUCAAAUCUUCAUUAAAGGCUUAAAUUUUUUUCAGUUUAUACUAAGCUACCACAAUUAAAUGAUUAAUUAUUAACUUAUACAAACACAAUACACAGAGUGUGGAGGAAUGGGGCCCUUGGUCCCCAUAAAGCAGGGGUCGGCAACCUUUAUUAACAAAAGAAGAAGAAAAAGAGAAAACAUGUCGUAAUGCAGCCACAGACCUUAUUUUCAGCCUUACAAUGAAGAUCAAACAGCAUCACUAAUAGUCAUAAUGAGCUUUUGUUAAUAUGAUUUUGUCAGAAUGCAGCAACUCAAAACUAAACUUGAAGUUGGCAAUAUUUAUAGUUUAAAGCUUUGGGCCAUAGACUUUCAUAAGCAUUUUAGUUGACUAAAAUGUUAAAACAUUUUAAUAAUUUCAUAUAUAAGUGACACAUUUUUACAACUGAAGAAAACAAAUUGCUUUGGGCCCACACCAAACACGAUAAAUUAACAUUCAAAUGUAAAGAAAUAACUGUUUCAUUUCUUAUAAUUUUGCUGUCAGACGGCCUGAAGGGCCACAUGUGGCCCCGGAGCCUCAGGUUGCCCACCCCUGCUAUAGAGCAUUAAAUAAAGUCAUUUAACUUUAUUUAAGUUAUAUAAGUGUGCCUGAGGAACCUGGUCAGGAUUGUAAAGGAAUAAUAAACUUACUAGCUUCAUGCCAGUUGGAUGAGACACUUUAGAUAAAUAUCAUCUUAACACCACUACAAAUGGCUCGGCACAUUAAUUCAUAUUUUUUGUAUAAUCUGUACAAAAACUCAACAAGCUGUGGUGUUAUUGGGGCUCAUGUGUCAGAUUAUUUGCUGGAGGGUCCUGGACUCUUGUGAACAUAUUAUUAUUAUUAUUAUUCCUGUAACAAUAAGUCUUAGUCAGCACAAGUACACCAGCUUUCAGUUAUGAACCUGAAUAGUGACUCAUAAGGAACAUAUUGACAUUGUAUUGUGUAUAUGUCUAUUAAUUGACUGUAGUAUUGACAUUAAGCAGUAUUUCCUUUAAAACAACCAGUGGCAAUACUUGUUUUUUCUCUGUAAUUUGGUCCAAUACUUCCACUGUGUGAUGUUUGAUCUCGUUUAUUAGUAGAAAUAUCUCAAACGCUUCCUGGUGAAGAAAAGAAAAGGAAGUUUGAACAGGUCCAGGUCAUAAAACAAGGACAGAUAGGACCCAAACAACAGAAAAUACAGGUGCAUAUAGUCAUAAAGCCUUUCAUGCAUUGACCUACAGUGUAUUAUCAUUGAACGUCUCCACUAUCUGGACUGGAGUGAGGCCAUGAGUUGACUCAUCUCUGACUACGUGACCAUUAGUGAAGUCAAGUUAAUUAUUAACUCUGUGCCCAGUUCAUGAACCUUUAAUAGAAAGCUGUUUGUUUUAUGUUUUUCAUAUUGUAUUUAUUUUUUAGUUUUUGUGCAGAAUGUCAUGCUGUGAUUGACGGGCAUUUGCCUAAAGCCUUGAUUUCAUUUACUGAAGACCAAAAUGUAGUGAAGUGAAAGUGACUUAGAGUGUUAAUCCUGUUGUCAUAUGUCAGGUAGAGUCAGUGAAUCAUCUGAACGUCAGUCCGUCUCUGCUGACUGAUGAUUGCUUUAUGAAAACACUGAAUGUCUGUGUGUCCGUCAUUUCCCCUCCAGACCUACGACCAACCUGCUCUCACAGGAAUCCGUGAAAUAGCCACGGAAUCGAUCAAAUUUCCGUGAAACUGACACGGAUUUCACUACAAUGCUAGUUAAUGCCAGUCAUAUCCCGUGGCUAUUCCAUGGAUAUUUGUUCCUAUUGGUUUGUUCCAAGUCACGUGACUUUCAAGGUCCCGGCGGUCAGAACAAAAAACAUGGCGGACAGUUCUCUCAUUUUUAGUGAAAAAUCAAUAUUUUGACUUAGUUUCUGCAUAAAAAUGGAUUUUGAUCACAUUUCUAGCGAGAAAUAUGUUUUAUUUUCUAAAUAUUCACUCUGUGAAUGUACAUAAUCACUUUGUGGUGAAGAUCUCGCCAGAAAAAUAUGACUAUGAAUAUUUAGAAAAUAAAACAUAUAUUUCUCGCUAGAAAUGUGAUCAAAAUCCAUUUUUAUGCAGAAACUAAGUCAAAAUAUUGAUUUUUUUCACUAAAAAUGAGAGAACUGUCCGCCAUGUUUUUUGUUCUGACCGCCGGGACCUUGAAAGUCACGUGACUUGGAACAAACCAAUAGGAACAAAUAUCCAUGGAAUAGCCACGGGAUAUGACUGGCGUUAACUUGCAUUGUAGCCAAAUCCGUGUCAGUUUCACGGAAAUUUGAUCGAUUCCGUGGCUAUUUCACGGAUUUUGAGUUAAGCGAUUCCGUGGCUAUUUCACGGAUUCCUGUGAGAGCAGGUUGCCUACGACACUCUCUACCUCAGAUGGUGUGAAUGUUAAAGCUCUCCUCCGUCAGAGAGACCAACAGAGAAACACAAAUAAACGACAGCGUGUUAGAAGAUGAUCUAGCUUUCCAAAGCUUUUUAAUGAAGCGCUUGCUGCUCAGAACCACAAAUGCCUUUUUUAAAGUAUGAUAAACUUCAACUGCGUUUACAUCUUCCCCUCCCUGAAUACAUAUUUUUAAGAUAAUACAAAUCAAAUCUGUUGCCUUUCAAUUCAAACCUUUUCUUCUUUUUUUUAAUGACAUGCAUGACUGUUUAUAGUAAAGUUCAUUUUACGAUUGUUUUUCUUUUUUGCAUAGUUCAUACCUUAUUGUUAUAGCAUUUUAUUGUGAAUUUUCUGUUAUUUUGCCACUUGCAUCUAAUCACAACACAUGCUUUAUUCAGAAUGUCUGUAUAUGCAUAUGAAGUUUGUUUUUGCAGAUAAAGAUUUACAACUGUAAAGCUUUGCUGCAAGAAGCGCAUCUUUGCUUCUUUUCCCCUCAUUUUGUCUUAAUUCCUCUCCAUGUAUUGUUUUGUUUUAUGCUUAUCUCUCUACUCCUAAAAUAUGACUUUUCCUAUCUUUCCUAUCUUUUUCAAGAUGUGUGCUGAAAUACAGUGUAUGCAAUGUAAUUUUAUGUAAACACAAUCAGAUUUAAGCAUUUACAAGACAGUAAAAAAAAGAUGUUUACAUAUUU